AUGCGGCCUAUUGUCCGAGCGGGCGGUCGAUCGGCGGGCCAUAUCUUCUGCCGCACCUGUGUGUCAGAUGGCCCGCACGGCACGCCGUGGACAAGAGGGGGCGUGGCGGCGCACUCCGCCCUGCCGCGGCCGGUGCCCGAAGAUCCCAUCGCCGACCCCGACUUCACGGACGAGAUCCGCAACGCGACGGUGGCCGUGGGCCGCGAGGCAGUCCUCUCCUGCCCAGUCUCCAACCUGGGACCCUACAAGGUGGGGUGGCUGAGGGCGGAGGACCAGACGGUCCUGGCGCUGCACGACAAGGUGGUGACGCACAACGCGCGCAUCACCGUCUCGCACGACGGGGAGCGCACGUGGCGGCUGCACAUCCGCCAGGUCAAGGAGACGGACCGCGGCUGCUACAUGUGCCAGAUCAACACCAGCGUCAUGAAGAAGCAGCUCGGCUGCCUCGACGUCCUCGGUGAGUGA